AUGGGCAAAGAUUAUUAUAAAAUAUUAGGGAUUGCGAAAAGUGCGAGUGAUGAUGAAAUUAAAAAAGCCUAUCGGAAGAUGGCGCUUAAGUAUCAUCCAGACAAAAAUAAAGAACCGGGUGCUGAGGCUAAGUUUAAGGAAGUAGCAGAAGCUUAUGAUGUGCUGUCAGAUCCUAAAAAGAAGGAUAUCUAUGAUAAAUUUGGUGAAGAUGGUUUAAAAUCCGGUGGAGAAGGUGCUGGUGGUCCUGGUGGAUUUCACUACGAAUUCCAAGGUGACCCGAUGCGGAUGUUCGCUCAGUUUUUCGGAGGAGAAGAUCCCUUCUCAUCAUUCUUUGGUAGUAGUUCGGGCGGUGGUGGACCUCAAAUAUUUUUUAGUUCUGGGGGAGAUGAUUUGCAUGGAUUUGGUAUGCCGUUUGGUAUGGGUGGUCAUACAAGGCGUCAGCGGCAGGAUCCGGUUGUACAUCAUGAACUGCUUGUCAGUUUAGAAGAUAUUUAUAAAGGUUGUACCAAAAAAAUGAAAAUUACAAGGCAUGUGGUUUUCCUGUUGAAUCCGGACCAGCAAUCAUCUAGAGUAGAAGAUAAGGUUCUGACUAUUAAUAUCAAACCAGGUUGGAAAAGUGGGACAAAGAUAACUUUUCCGAAAGAAGGUGAUCAACAUCCUGGUCGAGUGCCUGCUGACAUUGUAUUUGUUAUCAAGGAUAAGCCUCAUCCUAAAUUCAAGAGAGAAGGUUCAGAUAUUCGAUAUGUUCACAAAUUGUCGCUUAGAGAUGCUCUUUGUGGUACUGUUGUUAAUGUACCGACAUUGGAUGGUCCAAGCGUUCCUCUCCGUUUAUCUGAAGUUGUUAAGCCAAAUUCGGCUAAGAGAUUGACAGGUCAAGGUUUGCCGAAUCCGAAGAUGGCAGGCCGUCGCGGCGAUUUAAUCGUUGAAUUUGAUGUGAGGUUUCCAGAUUCGAUUACUCCAGCAGCAAAAGAACUUCUGUUUAAUGCAUUACCUUCAUAG